AUGAAGAUCAUCGAGCUGGUCAUUGACGGCUUCAAAUCCUACAGCCAGAGAACCGUCAUAUCUGGCUGGGAUCAAAGUUUCAAUGCGGUGACAGGACUCAACGGAUCCGGAAAGUCCAAUAUCCUCGACUCAAUAUGUUUUGUACUGGGCAUCACCAACAUGUCCACCGUCCGAGCGCAGAACCUCCAAGACCUCAUCUACAAGCGCGGCCAAGCGGGAGUAACAAAAGCCAGUGUAACGAUUGUUUUUGACAACAGCGACAAGAACACUAGUCCAAUCGGCUUCGAAGAAUAUGCACAGAUUAGCGUGACGCGACAGAUAGUCAUGGGUGGGACAAGCAAAUAUCUCAUCAAUGGUCACCGAGCGCAGCAGACGACAGUACAGAAUCUGUUCCAGAGCGUUGGGCUAAACAUCAACAACCCGAAUUUCAUCAUCAUGCAGGGACGAAUCACAAAAGUUCUCAAUAUGAAAGCAGCUGAAAUUCUGGCAAUGAUCGAAGAAGCUGCAGGAACCCGUAUGUUUGAGGAUCGGAAAGAAAAAGCUGUCAAGACAAUGGCGAAGAAGGAAAUGAAGGUGGUUGAGAUAGAGGGCCUGUUGCGAGAAGAAAUCGAGCCCAAACUGGACAAAUUACGCGGCGAGAAGCGAGCGUGGUUGGACUAUCAAAAAACACAAAGCGAGCUCGAGAGAUUGACACGGGUGGUGGUUGCAGCGGACUAUGUUCGAUCUGGCGAAAGGAUGAAGAGCGCAACUCAAGAACACGAAGUCAAGCGAGCGAAAGUACAACACCUGGAGGAGAAUGCCGUUAAGCUGAAACGCGAGAUUGAGAACUUGGACGAAGACGCUCAACGUGUUCGCGCUGUUCGAGAAACGGAGAUGCGCAAAGGCGGCCGUUUUCAAGCAAUCGAGUCUCAGGUGAAAGAGUUGAGCCAUGAGCUUGUACGCCUAGCAACCGUGCUUGAUCUAAAGCAGUCCAGUUUGUCUGAAGAAGAGCAGAAAAAGAAAGACAUUGCGAAAUCUGUCACGAAUCUGGAAAAGCAAGUGAGGGACAAGAAGGCAGGGCUCGCGAAGUUGCAGUCGCAAUGGGACAGUGCAAAGGCCGAACAUGAUUCUCAGAACUCUGAAGUCGAGAAGAAGGAAGAGCUCCUGUCAACGCUGCAGACCGGAGUCGCCUCCCGUGAAGGGCAAGAAAGUGGGUAUCAAGGCCAACUGCAAGAUGCUAGAAACCGGUUGACAGCUGCAACCACCGAACAAGAACAAGCCAAGAUGAAGACCUCACACCUUGAGAAGCGAAUAAAAGAAGACGAACCACGAGCCAAAAAAGCCCGAGAACAGAACGCUGACCUCCUCCAAGGUCUUGAAGUGCUCCGCAAGGAAGCACAGAAGCUGGACAGCGACCUGCAAAAAUUGGGAUUCGAACCUGGCCGUGAAGAGAGGAUCCGGGCGCAGGAAGUUGCCCUUCAAAGGAGUAUCCGGAGUCUGACCCAACAAGCCGACGAGCUGAAGCGAAAAGUUGCUAACGUUGACUUUCAUUUCAGCGACCCCUCGCCACACUUUGAUCGUUCGAGGGUGAAAGGGUUGGUUGCCCAACUCUUUACUUUGGACAAGGACAAAUCUGUCGCCGGCACCGCCCUCGAGAUAUGUGCCGGCGGUAGAUUGUACAACGUUGUCGUUGACACGGCAGACACUGGAACACAGCUGCUCCAGCACGGAAAGCUGAAAAAGCGAGUGACCAUCAUUCCUCUGAACAAGAUUUCAGCCUUUAGAGCUUCAGCGGAGAAGGUUGGAGCAGCACAGCGAAUAGCACCCGGCAAGGUUGAUCUCGCCUUGUCCCUGAUCGGAUACGAUCACGAAGUAUCUGCCGCUAUGGAUUACGUUUUUGGGACGACAUUGAUCUGCCAGGAUGCAGAAACAGCGAAACGGGUGACAUUCGAUCCAGCAGUUAGGCUGAAGAGCGUGACGCUUGAGGGUGAUGUCUACGACCCAGCAGGUACACUUUCUGGAGGGAGUGCUCCGAAUUCCAGCGGUGUCCUUGUCAUCCUCCAGAAGCUGAAUGAAGUCACGAAAGAAUUACAGAAGCAUCAAUCAGAACUCCAGCAGCUCCAAGAGACAAUGAAGAAGGAGCAAUCAAAGCUAGCCAAUAUCAAGGCCGUCAAACAAGAGCUAGAUCUUAAAGGUCACGAAAUCAAACUUGCAGAGGAGCAGAUCUCUGGCAAUUCUUCCUCGUCAAUUAUCCAGGCUGUCGAGGAGAUGAAAACAACAAUCGUGCAGCUGAAGCAAGAUAUGGCAAAUGCCAAAGCCAGAGAAGCUGAAGCAGCAAGAGAUGUGAAGCGGAUAGAAAAGGACAUGGAGGACUUUAGCAAGAACAAGGACAGCAAGCUCAAGGAACUCGAAAAGUCAUUGGCCGACCUGAAAAAUUCACUCACCAAGACAUCCGCUGCAAUCAAAUCAUUUCAGAAAGAGUUGCAAGAUACAAAGAUUGACUGUGAGCAAGCUGAAAGCGAUUUGAAUGCUGCUCUGGAGCAACUUUCCGAGGCCGAUACCGCGAUUGAGACCCAGAAAGAAGAACUCGGAAACCUUCGGCAAGAAGAAGCCACUGUGAAGAGCAACCAUGAUAUUGCACAGGCCCAACUCGACGACGAACGAGCAAAACUGAUGGGAUUCGACGACGAGCUACGUGAACUGGAACAGGCCAAAUCUAAGAAAUCCAAACAGAUCGCCGAAGAAGCGCUCGAGGUACAAAAGUUGGGCCAUGCGGUCGAGAAAGCCCAGAAAGACGCCCAAGCAGCUGCGCAACUGGUGGCUGCGCUGGAAAAGGAACAUGAUUGGAUUGAAGAUAACAAAGAUCAAUUCGGCCGUGCCGGCACCCCCUAUGAUUUCCAUGGCAAGAAUCUCUCCGAGAGUCGAGCAACUCUGAAAAACGUCACCGAGAGAUUCCAAGGGAUGAAGAAGAAGAUCAAUCCCAAGGUGAUGCCCAUGAUCGAUAGCGUCGAGAAGAAAGAGGCAUCCCUGAAGAACAUGCUCCGUACUGUGAUCCGGGACAAGAAGAAGAUUGAGGAGACGAUUAGCACGCUGGACGAAUACAAGAAAGAAGCCCUCAUCAAGACAUGGCGCAAAGUCACCGAGGACUUUGGGAAUAUCUUUUCGGACCUCUUGCCCGGGAACAACAGUGCGAAAUUGGUGCCAUUGGAUGACAAUAUUGAUCGAAUCCAGGAAGGGUUGGAGGUGAAGGUGUGUUUGGGCAAGGUGUGGAAACAGAGCCUCACGGAGCUUUCUGGGGGUCAAAGAUCGCUCAUUGCGCUAUCCCUCAUCCUCGCCCUGUUACAAUUCAAGCCCGCUCCAAUGUAUAUCCUGGACGAAGUGGACGCGGCACUGGACCUUUCGCACACCCAAAACAUCGGUCGGAUUAUCAAAACAAGGUUUCAAGGCUCGCAAUUUAUCGUCGUCAGUUUGAAGGACGGCAUGUUUCAAAAUGCCAAUCGUGUUUUCCGGACGAGGUUUAGCGAAGGAACCAGUGUGGUUUCAGUCAUGACGCCCGGCGAGUUGAAGGGCUGA